AUGGGCGCCAGUCCUGCCUACGAAGGGACUCUAAACGAGUCCCAACUUCUUGAACAGCUACCGAAUGAGAUUGCAGCCCUCAUCCGCACCGCUUCCGGGACUCAGUACCUAAAUGCGCUUGCAGUCGGCGCAUUGAGAUCAGGGUACACGGAGAAAUUUUUCUACUUAUACGACCCGAUAUUUGUUGAUCUGGCUGCACGCUGGAUUCUCCCAGAAUCUGGUGUUGAUCAAAUCGAAGUUGUCUCUGCAUUCGCACGAAUACUGCCGCUCGCACCACAUUUACGAUCUUUCGCAAGCCAAUAUGCCGUGUCUCGAGCUGGCCCUCUGUCGGCGUUGGCUGCAUCUAAUGCCCUGAAUAAUUUGCAAAUAGACGACUCCACGAUACACACAUUACUACUGGCUAUUUUCCGCCUUCUUUCUUUCGACCUAGAAGCGUUUUCACCUGCCAUCGCGCCGUCGCAAUUGCAAGCCCUUUUUCGACAUGAUCACCAAGUGGUCCGAUAUUUAGCGGUACGAUGUUUCUGUCUCUAUAUGCGUGCGGCCGAUGCUUCAACAGAGAGGGUUCUGCGGACACACUGUGGGGAUGAUACGAUAGCGGGAGAUUGGGAAGGAAUCUCAAUCGACUAUCGUUGCCUCGGGCUGUGGGAAGAGCGUCGAUGGGUUGCUGUAGAAAGGCAGCUCGAUUCUUUAAGAGCUACGAGACUAUAUUCCGAGGACAUUCAACACGUGGAGCAAUUACGAGACUAUCUCACUGGCCGAACCGCGGAAGUUUGUGGCGUGUUGAUUCCACGACAAGCCGACACAUCACUCAAGCCAUCCUUGGUCGUGAAAACACCAACAGCCGUGAAUAAUUUACGACGAAUAGCCAGCUCUCUAACCAGACCCCAGCCAAUUCUCUUAGUUGGGCUGCCGAAUUCUGGAAAGACUUGCUUGAUAAACGACGUUGCAAGCACCAUGGGCCAGUCAGAAUUCAUGGUAACGCUCCACUUGAAUGAGCAGACAGAUGCGAAAAGUCUCCUUGGGAUGUACUCAACAUCGCCGGCCACAGGGAGCUUUGCCUGGCAACCUGGUGUUUUGACAAAGGCUGCUAGAGAGGGUCGAUGGAUAUUGAUUGAAGACUUAGAUCGCGCCCCUUCUGAAGUCAUUGGUCUCAUUCUUCCCAUAAUCGAGAGGGGUGAACUGACCAUAGCUAGCAGAAGGGAGCGUAUCAAGUGUGCUGAGGGUUUCAGAAUCAUCGCAACCAUGAAAUCGUCGUACAAUAUCGCCGGCGAGGAAGUUGCCCCCAGCACAGCCAUUCUUGGAAGUAGACUUUGGAACAGGGUGCAGGUGGACCCGCUACCAAUAGACGAAGUUCAAGAAGUGAUUGCACAAAAGUUCCCUCUCCUUGAAUCUCGAGUGCCUACAAUUAUGAACGUCUACCAGAAGCUGUGCUCGUCGUUCCAUGGAAGCCUCGCAAUCAAAAGCUCCCAGGGUCGUACACCAGGCUUGCGCGAUCUUAUCAAACUCUGCAGCAGAAUGCACAAGAGGAUCCAGCGACUUGGUGUGAAGACAGGAUAUGAAGCGACCCCUGAAGGAACUGAUGACGAUAUCUUUCUCGACAUCGUGGACAUAUUCCUUACUUAUAUACCCGACACGGCACUGUCAGAAUCACUGGCAUUGAAGGUUGCAGAAGCACUCCAAAUUUCGCCUCAGCGUGCAGGAUUUUGUCUACAUGAACGAACACCAGCGCUAUUAGACCAAGGUGGUAGUCUUGCACUCGGGAGAGAGGUUUGCCGCAAGGUCAAGAUACCAAGCGGUUCAGUAUCCAAGUUAGCAGCUGCGUCAUCUCGCUUUGCUACCACAAGGGCCGCUCUAAAGCUAAUGGAACAAGUUGCAGCCUCCGUCGAGAUGGCGGAACCGGUUCUUCUUGUUGGAGAGACGGGUAUCGGCAAAACGACUGUGAUACAACACCUUGCAACCUUGAUGCGACAGAAGCUCACUGUAGUCAACUUAUCCCAGCAAAGCGAGAGCACUGAUCUGCUGGGCGGCUUCAAACCGGUCAACAUUCGUACAAUGGCCAUUCCGAUGUUUGAUGAGUUCAAUUCCUUGUUUGAAUUGACGUUCUCAGCGAAAAAGAACCAGAAAUUUCUGACUUCCAUUGCGAAGAAUGUUGCAAAUGGGAACUGGGCUCGUUUGGUAAACCAUUGGCAUGAAGCUGUUCGGCUGGCAGAUGGCGUCUUCAAGUCAGGAAAUGGCCAUUCUCAGCCCGGAGAAGGAGAGCAACCCACCAAGAAAAGGAAGCUGGAUUCGCCGAAAUACCAAUUUCUGCGACAGAGAUGGGAAAGAUUUGCAGCUCAACUUAAUGACUUCGAAGCGCAAGUUUCCCAAGGCGAUGCUAAAUUUGCGUUUGCAUUUGUACAGGGAAAGAUUGUUCGCGCCUUGCGAAAUGGCGAGUGGGUGCUACUUGAUGAGGUUAACCUAGCAUCGCCCGAUACCCUUGAAAACAUCGCAAGCCUUUUGCACCAUGGCAGCGAGGGUUCACCCUCUGUUUUACUCUCCGAGGCCGGUGAUGUGGAACGUGUAUUUGGUCACCCUGAUUUCCGGAUAUUCGGUGCCAUGAACCCCGCGACGGAUGCUGGGAAAAAGGACCUUCCACCAGGACUUCGCUCCCGAUUCACAGAACUAUAUGUGCAGUCGCCUGAUAAUGAGCUGGAUGACCUCUUGUCCUUGAUCAAAACGUACCUCGGGGAUUUAACAUUGAGUGAUUCUAGGGCUGUGCCAGAUCUUGCCCAACUUUAUAUGGAGACCAAGAGACUCAGUAACGAGAACAAACUUACCGACGGAGCCGGACAGCGACCUCACUUUAGCAUCCGAACGCUUGUUCGUACUCUCAUCUAUGCAUCAGAUCAUGCGCAAAUUUAUGGAUUACGCCGAGCAAUAUUUGAAGGCUUCUCGAUGAGUUUCCUGACAAUUUUGAGCCAGGAAUCGGAGCGGAUGUUGAUGCCACUGCUAGAAAAGUACAUUUUCAGCAACGUGAAAAACAUCAAGGCGUUGCUGGGGCAGAUCCCCAGACCUCCUAACGAUGGCAACGAAUAUGUACAAUUCAAACACUAUUGGAUGCGAAAGGGGCACCUGACACCCGAAGAACAACCUCAUUAUAUCAUAACACCUUUCAUCGAAAAGAACCUCAAGAAUCUUGUGAGAGCGAGCUCUACCCGCCGAUUCCCAGUCCUGCUUCAAGGUCCAACCUCUGCCGGGAAGACGAGCAUGAUCGAGUAUCUUGCAAAAGUCUCUGGUAAUAAAUUUGUUCGCAUCAACAAUCAUGAACAUACCGACCUUCAAGAGUAUCUAGGGUCUUAUGUAUCCGACGAUGACGGAACUCUCCGUUACCAGGAAGGCAUCCUGGUAGAGGCUUUGAGAAACGGGUACUGGAUUGUCCUGGAUGAACUCAACUUGGCGCCAUCGGACGUAUUGGAGGCACUCAAUCGGUUGCUCGAUGAUAACCGCGAACUGUUCAUACCAGAGACGCAAGAAGUGGUCCGCCCUCACCAAAAUUUCAUGCUAUUUGCGACGCAGAACCCAGCAGGUCUUUAUGGUGGCCGAAAAGUAUUGUCUCGCGCUUUCCGGAAUCGUUUCCUAGAACUCCAUUUCGAUGACAUACCCGAAAGUGAACUUGAAUAUAUUCUUAAAGAAAGAUCACAAAUUGCGCCAUCAUUUUGUACCAGGAUCGUAUCUGUUUAUCGGAAACUUUCCUUAUUGCGCCAGGCGAACCGACUAUUCGAGCAGAAAAACAGUUUUGCCACCCUUCGUGACCUCUUUCGGUGGGCACUUCGGAAUGCAGACGAUCGAGAGCAGCUGGCAACCAAUGGUUUCAUGCUUCUUGCAGAGAGGGUGAGAAACCCUCAGGAGCGCGCUGCUGUGAAAGGCGUGAUUGAAGAGGUCAUGAAGGUCACAAUCGAUGAAGACACCCUCUACAGUACUUCAGCAAUGGACAAGCGUGCACCAAGCUUAAGGCAAUUAACACCUGGCAUUGUCUGGACUAGGGCAAUGAGGAGACUCUUUAUGCUAGUUUCCACGGCUCUUGAAAACAACGAGCCUGUCCUACUUGUGGGUGAAACAGGUUGCGGAAAGACUCAGCUUUGCCAGGCAGUUUCCGAUGCCUACCAAAGACAGCUUCAUAUCGUCAAUGCGCAUGUGAAUCUGGAAACUGGCGACCUUAUCGGAGCACAACGACCGGUUAGAAACAGAUCAGCGAUCGAAGACACUCUGCGUAACGAUUUGCGAAGCCUGUUGGAGGACGAAUCUAAGUCGUUCGAAGAGCUCAGGCAAGUCUUUGGUACUCUCAGUGCUGAACAGCGGCAAGCAUGCGACCCCGACCUGCUUGGGCGAAUUGAAAAGAAUAUCGGUCGUCUCAAUGCACUGUUUGAAUGGACAGACGGGAGUUUGAUUACCGCCAUGAAAGCGGGCCAAUUUUUCCUUUUGGAUGAAAUUUCUCUAGCGGACGACUCGGUAUUGGAGCGGCUCAACAGUGUACUGGAACCCCAUAGGUCGAUACUCCUGGCGGAAAAGGGCCCCGUUGACUCUAUGGUGGUGGCAGACAGUGGUUUCCAGUUCCUUUCAACCAUGAACCCUGGAGGAGACUACGGCAAGCGAGAACUUUCUGCUGCCCUCCGAAAUCGAAUGACAGAGAUUUGGGCUCCCCAACUUUCGGAAGAUGAAGAUAUUCUCCCUAUCCUUCGGAUGAAACUACAGCCGCAGUCAGAACAUGUUCCUCGGGAAAUGUUACAGUUUGCGAAAUGGUUCAAACGAACUUUCCAAGGCUCCUCGAGUAAUGCCCUAUCUAUUCGUGAUCUCCUGGCCUGGGUUGAUUUUGUCAAUAAAUGCCAAGGUUCUGAACUCAUGUUUGCCGUUGUUCAAGGAGCGGCAAUGGUAUUCAUAGACACAUUGGGCGCAAAUCCGGCCGCAAUGCUUGCGACUACGCUACAUAACCUCGAUGGAAACCGACAACUAUGUUUGGACAAGCUGCAGGAGCUUUUCGAUGUCGAUGCGUCGAGUAUCUACCUGCAACAAUCCAUGAUUGAUGUUCAUGACGGGGUCUUGCGCGUGGGUCCUUUUGAUCUCACCAUACAGGGUGAUGCCCAGCCCGACGCACAAUUCAUAAUGGAUGCUCCUACAACCAUUGCUAAUUCGGUACGGAUUGCCCGCGGUCUGCAAUUAACGAAGCCUAUUCUCCUCGAAGGAAGUCCUGGUGUGGGUAAAACCACUUUGGUCACUGCACUUGCUAGAGCUCUCGGAAAACCGCUUACACGAAUCAACCUGUCCGAGCAAACAGAUCUUACAGACUUAUUUGGGUCCGAUGUGCCUGUGGAAGGUGGUGAUGUUGGUCAGUUUGCAUGGCGAGAUGCACCCUUUCUGCAAGCAAUGCAGCGCGGUGACUGGGUUCUCUUGGAUGAGAUGAACUUGGCCUCUCAGUCUGUCCUCGAAGGUCUCAAUGCCUGUUUAGACCAUCGCCAGAUGGUUUAUAUUGCGGAACUUGAUCAAACUUUUAAACGUCAUCCCAACUUUGUCCUCUUUGCAGCACAAAAUCCGCACCACCAAGGAGGUGGCAGAAAGGGCCUGCCUGCUUCCUUUGUUAACCGGUUUACCGUGGUGUACGCGGACAGUUUUACCGACACGGAUUUAAAACGCAUUUGCGCUAAACUUUUCCCUGGCAGUCCCACCACGCAAACCGAACGCCUGGUUGAUUUUGUGUCCUUGUUGAACACUGCAAUCGUUCAGGAAAGGAGAUUAGGUGUUCUGGGUGGUCCUUGGGAGGUCAAUCUCCGCGACAUUCAAAGAUGGCUCCAACUCGCGGAUCGUGGAACGCUCCAAAUUGAUACAAAGAAUUUCCUAGACAUUAUCAUCUCUCAACGGUUCAGGUGUGAAGAAGAUCGAGAGCAUGUCUGCCGUCUUUACGAGCGUGUUUUCGACGGCGCUUCGACAACGGCCAAGAGUUACUACCAUAACAUGACCCCGGAAUGUAUGCAGGUUGGUCUUGGAGUAAUGCGAAGGGAUUUGAUGCUUCAAGAAACGCCAAACCCUCAUCUCAAAAUGCUUCCAAGGGAUCUCUCUAUCUUGGAAUCUCUCAUGCUUUGCAUCGGACAGUCAUGGCCCAGUAUCCUGGUGGGGCCAUCAGGUUGUGGCAAGACGACGCUGAUAAGAAAGCUUGCUGCUAUCAAUGGUGCUAAUUUAGUUGAGCUAGCCUUGAGCGCUGAUACCGAUACAAUGGACCUUGUUGGAGGAUUUGAGCAGAUUGACCAUAAUCGAGAAGCAUCGUCCCUUCUACAGGAUAUCCUGCUCUUCGUGCGACGACACAUUCUCGCCAAUUAUCCGUCUGAGAUCCCUCAAGAAGAAGCUGCCGCUUUUGUGGAGCUCUACGAGCACUUGAGUCGCGAUGCACCUCUAGACCUAGUAUACACGUUGUUGGAGAAGAUAUACCAACUCUAUCCCAGGCCUUCAGUGGUGCAGUUACUUGAUCGAUCGCGGACUUUACUCCAAGCUUCGAAAGAGUCGGAAAAUUUCAAAGUCGGCUUUGAGUGGACUGAGGGUGUGUUGACGCAGGCCGUUCAGAAGGGAGAUUGGGUUGUCCUUGACAAUGCAAAUCUCUGUAACCCUUCUGUUCUCGACAGGCUAAACUCCUUGACCGAACCAAAUGGAGCGCUCAUUCUCAAUGAACAGCGCACUGAAAGUGGAAACGCCAGGGUUAUUACACCCCAUCCAAAUUUUAGACUUUUCUUGACGAUGGAUUCUCGUAACGGAGAGCUCUCUCGCGCAAUGCGAAAUCGGUGUGUCGAGAUAUGUAUUCUACCCCGGGAAGACGAUACCUUGGACUAUUCCGCCACGCCAACCUAUACUAGCCAAUCUUACCUAUACCGUCUCCGCUCCCUUUGGAAUCCCGAUUCUAGGGAUGUGGCAGAAUCAUCGUACGAGAUUCGCCUCGACCACCUGUCGAUAUCGGACCUAGCUUAUCUCCAACGAUCACAAUAUCUUGUCUCGCCUCAUUUGCCUGGUAUCCAGGCCGAUCAAUUCUCGAGGCUCCUGGAUCGUUACGUCUCCGUCAUACACGAUAACCAGUUUUGUCUACUGUUUGACGCUUUUAAGCAAUCCGUCGACCUGGGGGAUAUUGCCUUCACAAUGCAGGGUCAUUUGCAGCCUCUUCACCCUCUAGUCAAUGAGCCGCUGGCGCUAGUUUUGGAACGUGACCUGCCAUUAAAUUCCAUUAUUCUGCUGGCGCAUCUGCAAGAAUCCAAGCUUGACCUACAUAGCCUCAAACAGGCCUUACUCCUCGCAGAUGAAUCUAGCAAGUCUCUUAAACCAAGCCAGAUGAGUCGAUUACAGCGAUCGCUAGCCGCGAAACGCAUACCUUCCCUAAUGAAGGAUGCAACACAGCCAGUCGGACGCUUUUUAUCGCAUUGUGGGCAACUCGUAUAUGAGUUUAUUCAAUGCCUGGACAGUGACUUCCUGCAACAACAUGAUCCGACUCCUUCUAUUCGUGCAAUUAUCAGCUUCUGCGCGGAUAUUCUGAGAAUCACAACAAGUAGCGAAGUCGAUGAAGGUGAAUUCCUGGUCUACCUUCAGAUUGGCAAAUCGCUAUGCGCAUCGAUAUUCGAUCUUGGUGCUGGUUUCAAUCCGUUGGCCUCUGCUCUAUCACAAGCGCUUGAACGAUUCCACGAAAACUGGGCCCUUACUACAGGACUUGGCAUGCAAAAGCUCUGGGAAUCAUGGAGACCAGCAACAGCUUCAACUCAUGCCCAGCUGACAUCUAUGUUGGAUCUGGAAAAGGUAGCGUCCGAAUUUAUGCACGUCGCUAACCGGACGCGUCUUGAUUUGUCCCAGCUGAGUCGAGUGCGGAAUUCCCUAGUUGAAACACAGAGGUCUAUACUUUUGCAAGGGGCCGAUGAAGGAAAUCUCAUCCAAAGUCUCAGACAGACGGUGUUAGGUUUGGCAAGCGUGGUGCAAGACUCUGAGUUGGCACAAAGCCCGUACUUCUCAAACGAGUUUGAGGUUCUAUGUCAAUACCAUGAUAUUUCUGCUCUCACUGAGAGUUCUCCGGCGUCUCAGAGUGCCAUCCAGUCUGUUAUGGCUUUACUCGCUGGUCGCCCAGCUCAGCCUUUGAACUCCUCGAAUUUGCAAAGCAGAGUUCCCGAUAUCCUUCACCGACUGUCACUCUUCUCAGGAUACCAGCGAUCUUCCGGAUCUGGAACCGCAGUGAAUGGCACAGUAUCUCUGUCAUUGCUUCAAAAAUUAGCUUUUGUUGAUCGCGUCAGUCUAGGCCAAAUGGAUGCCCUGGAAAUUGAGAAACAAACCCUUUCUCAAGCUUUGGCUCUGACAAGUCGAGAAAUCGCUCUGGAUCAGCUCAAGCUCCUUAGGCAGGCCCUUCUGCAGCUUACUGCGGAGUUUGUUGAUGUCCACCGAGAAUUCUUCAACCCGCAGUCAUUUGAGCAGCUGGUUACCCUCCUACGUUUGGCAGGGAAACGAGGCUUACCACCUAGUUUGCUCUCACUCAAUAUUCGUCUAGCGCGCAACCUACCGACCAACCAUUAUUUUAGAGCAAUUGCGGAUAAGGCACUUCCGAAGCUUGUUACGGCCUUACUGACUAGGUCUACGGGCGAGGAUGCCGCACAAGAUACCGCAAGUGCGUUGGUGCAACUAGCCGUUAUUCUCCUGUGGCUAUUUGUUCCGGACAAGCCAUUUGAUCCCUCCUUAAGCCUUGUCGUCGCAAGAGAACGGCAUCAUCACCGUGUUGCCGAACUUAGCGCAAAGACUGAUGCUAUUGCACUGUUUGAGGAAGUAUUUUCUGGGCAGCCCACCAACAUUAGGAAAGAACUCGUGCAAAAGGAAUUGCGCAGCCUGGGCGCUGCUCCUCCACCCUCAUCUGUCACUCGUCCAACAACUUCAGAAACCGGCACUCUUCACGGUGAAUUUUCGAGCAUCAUAAAAUCGGUUCUCCUUCGAAACCCUGAGAAACUGAUUAACACGACUAAGAAGGGACCCGAGAAUGAGCGCAUGAGGGAGUUGCUGCGCGACAAUAUUCAGCAGUUAAGUAGGCGCCUGAGCACCAAUUACAGAUCCUACGACGACAUCACAACUCUUGUCGUUCGGUUCCUGCACGUACUGGAUCUUGGUCUCUCUCUUGGCUCUUCCCCUGAUCAUGAAUCCCGUGAGACAGCUCUUGCACGAGUUAUUUGCCAGAGCACGCCGUUCCUUGGGGCUUCUGGGCGACCGCGUGUAUCAGACAAUGACCUUGUCGCACACAACGCAAAAUACGCGACUGACUUAUGGUUCCACGAGCUAUCGUCUCUUAGAGUAGCUGAAACGAUGGAGCCUGGUCUUCUUGCCACAAGGAGUGGGCGAGAGUCCCUUUUCCGCAUUGUCGAGCAAUUCUACGUGCUUUGGAAGGCAAAGUUAAAGGAGGACCAGGAAGAACACGCUCGCAAAAAUGAGAUGUACCAUUUCAAAGGCUCUUGGGAGGACGGCGAAGAGGUCGAUGCGAACGAGUUGAACCAGCUUUUCCCGACAUACGAGGACGGGUCCGACCAAGGUACAAUUCCAUCAACAGCGGCUGAUCCCAAAGCUAUCUCAGUUCGCCUUACCGACCUUCAUGCAAAGUUGUUCCAGUCUGCGGAUAACGGGAUGGUACUACUCAAUUAUGUCAAGCAGUCUGCCGCGCUGCUGGGAUCAAUCUGGCCGGAAAACAGUGAUUCGCCCUUGUCGCAUCUCCCUCCUAAAGAGCAGGUCUCGGCUAUCUUCUUGCUUCUAGAAGAUGACCUUGUCAAAAGAACUACUACUUCGACAAGCGGGUACAACUUUUACACGGACCAAAACUUGAUUGAAGCCAAGAAACUACUGUCCCUGACGCGUUCUAUCCAAUCUCGGUUCACACAGAUACAUAAUGCUUGGCCCGAUCACGCAGUGCCCGGCGACGUGAUCUUGUUCUGCAAGGAGAUUUAUCAGUUCAAGCAUACAGAGCCUGUCGCGAAGUUUCUGACAAAAGUUGAGAAGCUUCAUUCCCUUGUCCAUGAAUGGCAGCUUGUAGCGAGCCGAGAGUACUCGGCGGCGUCCUACUACGACGAGCUUACGAACUUAAUAAUAUCCUGGCGGCGUCUGGAGCUAUCAACUUGGGCAAAGCUCCUGGAUCUAGAAAAAGAGAAAUGUAACCAGGACGUGAGUUCGUGGUGGUUUAUCGCUUUCGAGGCACUCAUCCGAGCGCCUAUUCAAAUCGCAGAAUCAGGACAAACAGACCUAUGCGACCAUGUGCAAGAGGUGGUUGGUACACUGGAACAAUUCACUCACUCAACUACGCUAGGGCAGUACAGCGAGCGCCUCCGGCUCAUCAAGAACUUCCGAUCCCUCCUCCUGCUUUAUGUCGCAGACUAUCCGUCGCUGAAGCAGCUUGUGUCUGCACUUGACAAUUUCCUUCAAUAUUAUGCCGAGUUUGAACCCGCGGUAAAUAAAUUGCUGGGCGACAAGCGUUCUACCCUCGAAAAGGACAUCAAAGAACAAAUCCAGCUUGCCAGCUGGAAGGACACCAACAUUGUUGCUCUUAGAGAGAGUGCUCGGCGGUCACAUGUGAAGCUGUUCAAGCUGGUCCGCAAAUAUCGCGAGAUCUUGAAUCUCCCCGUUGAACAGAUCCUAAGCCAGGAUAUGCCUGAAAGAGACGACGAUGUGAUCUUUAGCCGCCGCCAGCCGAUUGCCUCUUCUGCAAAUCUGCCCGAAGCCCUCGCUAUAUGCGAAAAAGGCAAGGUCUGGUCUACUCGGCCACCUCGAUUUACAAAUCCGGACGGAACAGUCAAGAGCAUGCUGAGCAUGUACCUCUCAAUUCCGGAUGAAUUUGAUAUCGGCAACGAACUGGGUGGCUUUGUUCAAUCUUUCCGGGAGAGCAUUAAGGAAUACAGAACACAGACGCCAAAGGUUCUAACAGAGGAGAAUAAGGCCGAUGUUCAGCAUCUCAAAGGGCAGAAACGUCGUUUUUAUGCGGACACUUUGCGGCAGCUUCUGGAUAUGGGUGUCAAGCGCAAUGCUGGUACCGAUUUGAUAGAAUCACAAGCGUCCGUCGCUAAGGUGCUUGCUACUAGCCCAUCUCUUCCAGCCAAUUCGGAAGCCACGCAACUAAUCGAGAAUUGCGAUGCCUACUUCCACCGUCUUCUAGACUUACUUCCCCAUGCACGUCAAGCAUCGCGGAGCUACUCCGAGGAACUUAGCAAUGUGGAGGUGUCGAGAAGUCUGGGUUCCAUGGAGCAUCUUUUGUUCAUGAUAAGAAAGCAGAGAGCCGCCCUUUCCCCUGCCCUGUCAAACUUAGGAACGCUCCAGUCCACUCUCGUUAAGGUCUCAAACUUAUGGAAAUUGGGAGCGUCCUCGAUUGUUCGGUCCGAUACCGAGCUCCCGAGUGGAAAGAAGGAAAUCACAACAGCAGUUGCAUGGCUCGCUCCAACUCUCGGACUUGCCUCAACAAUCGUGGAGUUACAUUCGAAAUUCUCCGAAGUUGUGUCAUUGAAUAUAUCCACUGGCUUGCAAGCAUGGAAAGACACGUUUGAACGCCUGAGACAAUCCAUUAAACAUCUUCCCGACUUGCCGAGUGGGCUUACUUCUAAACUUCAUCAGCAUACUGUUGACGAAGCCGCAUCCUCGCUGAGCCAAUUGAGGGCUGAUAUCGCAAAAUGGGUUCGAGAACGCCCUGAUCUUACCUUUGUCCUGGACCAACUUUUACCUUGGACUAAAUUUAAGGUAGAAUCCGCAGAAUCUGCAAAGGAUAUGGACGUGAUAGCCAUAGAAGACUUUGAUUUCAGUCUUACUUCAGCCGUGGACAAAAUUCUUGUCAGCCUCCAGAAAUUCAAGGAGGUACCGGCCUUGAUUACAUCGACCGGAUCCCUUUCCCGAAGUGAUGAAUUUUUCACAAAAGCCAUCAAGUCUACACAUUUGUCUGAUAUCACAAAUGCCCUCAAUGAUGUCCUAGAGACACUACGCGGUGUUCAGCAACAAUCAGAUACGGGCGUUCCGUUGGCUGUUGCCUUACUGGCAAGCCUGUUGCCCAUCAUGAACAAGUAUUACGAUAUCAGCCAAGACAUCGUUGGCCGCUUUCUAAAAGUGCACCGAGAGACCUGCAAGAUGUCCUACAUCCUCACCAAGUCAUUUGUCCAAGUCUCUUCCGAGGGCUUCUGUACCCCGCAUGAGGAGUCAACUGAGGAAGGGCAGGCCGGAAAACUAGAAAGCGGAACAGGACUCGGCGAAGGAGAAGGAGCUGAAGAUAUCAGUAAAGAUGUCGGGGAUGAUGAGGACCUGUCGGAGCUUGCGCAGCAGGAGCAACAAGAAGGGGCCGGAGAGGAUAUGGACAAGUCCAAGGAUGCGGUGAACAUGGAUCAGGAAGAGCUGAAAGGAGAAGAGGGCGAACACGACGAAGCAGAAGACGAGGAGAAAGACGAAAGUGGCGAGGAAGACGAAGAAGGUGAUAUUGAUGAGGAGGUUGGCAGCGUCAAUGAUCUGGACGCAUCGGCUGUUGACGAGAAGAUGUGGGAUGGCGGUCAUGACGAGCAGCAGAAAGAGACGGAGAACGAAGAAGGUAAAGGCGCUUCGGAGUCUGAUCAACAAACGGCUGCACCAGAGCAGAAGGAGGGUGAAAAGGGCGAAGAGGGAGAUAAAGAGGAACGUGAAGGAGAUGAAGAGAACGAGGAAGAAGAAGAGGAAGAAGCGCCCGAGGACGAAGGCGAGGCAGUUGGACGCGAAGAUAUGGAUGUUACCGAUCCUCAGGCUCAGGAGCAAGAGACACUGGACCUUCCAGAAGAGAUGCAGCUUGAUGGUGAUGAGAAAGGAGCUGAUGAAGAAGGCCUGGAAAGUGACGAUGGACUUGAUGAUCUUCCGGAUGCCCCGAAUGAUGAACAAACGAAUGAGAUGCAGGAAGAGGGUCCAGAAGAGGAGGGUCCCGGUGACCAACCUGGAGAAGAGCAAGAAAUCGACCAGAACGAGGAAGCUGGAGCUGAGGAGGAGAACACCAAUGCAGCUGAAGGCGAGGAUGAGGCACAAGAGGACGGCGAGGAGCCUGAAGAUGCCCAGCAAGAUGAGUUCCUUGCCCAACGGGAUGAGAAUGAAGCUGCCGGAGAAGAAGUUGCCCCCAGUGAAGCUGUUAAUGGCGGUCUCGGUGCCGAACAAGACCAGAACCAGGAGAAAGGCGCAUCCGGUAACGCACAACAAGAAGACGGCUCUACUGAUCCUUCGGUCGAGCAGAACCAGCAAACCGGUGCUGCGAAAGAAGGGGAGGAAAACCAAAGACACACAGACGAAGGAGGCGCGGACGAUGUCAACCCAGAAGACCCUCAGUUACAGGCGUUCAAGAAGUUAGGUGAUGUCCUUGAGCAAUGGCAUCGCAGGCAAAAAGAAAUUAAGAAUGCUUCGAAACAGGAGGAGGGUGAGGCAGACGAGCCCUUACCCCAGGACACGGAGAUGGGCGAUGCAGAGUUUGAGCAUCUAGCAGACCAGGAUGAUGUCGCUGAUACCCAAGCGCUUGGUCAGGCCAACGAAGAACAAGCCAAAGCUCUGGACCAGAACAAGGGUGUAGAGUCGGAUGUCAAGCCUACCGAUCAAGAAAUGCUGCCUGACGCCUCUGAGGAUUCUCAGGCCCUUCCAGAAAAUGAACUAGAGGAUGCAAUGCAACUGGAUCAUGCCGGCGCCCCUAGCGACAACCAAGGACCCGGUGCAUUUAUUCCGGGGGCGUCACAGGCCCAGCAACACCCGCGAGAUGCGUUAGCUGAACAAGCAGAAACCGAAGAGGUAGACGAAGUCGACUCCCACCUGGCCGCCAUCCAUCUCUCCUCCACCCUGCCUCCUCUAACCCCACGAGAUGAGGCCCAGCGUCUAUGGUCAAAGUACGAAUCGACGACAAACGAUCUCUCCCUUUCAUUAACCGAACAGCUCCGCCUGAUCCUCGCACCAACACUCGCGACAAAACUCCGUGGCGACUUCCGAACCGGUAAGCGUCUCAAUAUCAAACGUAUCAUCCCCUACAUCGCUUCCCAAUACAAGCGCGACAAGAUCUGGAUGCGCCGGUCCAUUCCUUCCAAGCGCAACUAUCAAAUCAUGCUUGCAGUCGAUGACAGUAAGUCCAUGCUUGAGAGCGGGAGUGGCCAACUUGCAUUUGAAACCCUCGCACUUGUCGCAAAGAGUCUGAGCAUGCUUGAGGCGGGUGACCUGUGUGUUCUUGGUUUUGGUAGUGAAGACCACGUUCGCGUGGCCCACGACUUUGGCAAACCCUUCUCAUCUGAAGCAGGUGUCCAAGUUUUCCAGAACUUCAGCUAUCAGCAAACUGGAACGAAUGUACGCAAGCUAAUUGCCGACUCGAUUGCGCUCUUCCGCGAAGCACGCUUCAAGCAAUCCCCUGCUGGCGGCGGUGCUGAUCUCUGGCAACUCGAGCUCAUUAUAUCAGACGGUAUUUGUGAAGAUCACGAAACAAUCCAGCGUCUGGUCCGUCAGGCCCAAGAAGAAAGAAUUAUGAUCGUAUUCAUAAUUGUAGAUGCGUUGAAGGGAAACUCCAUAUUGGAUCUUACGCAGGCCAGUUUUGAGCCGGAUACUGAGAGUGGUACUGGCGAAAUGAAGUUGAAGAUGAAGAGAUAUCUUGAAGGGUUCCCAUUCCCCUAUUACCUUGUUGUGCGGGAUGUAAGGGAGCUCCCGGCUGUUUUAGCCACGGCAUUAAAGCAGUGGUUUGCAGAGGUUGUGGACGUUUCUUCUUAG